AUGAUGACACCAGUAUGCGGCAAUGAGGUGACCAUCACAUCACAACCACCACUACGUCAUCUUCUUUUAACAAAAGUAGCAGCAGCGUCAGAAGCUCCUGGCAAUCUUAGUGCUGCAUUUGGCUUCAGCAGCUGGAAAAACGAUAUGCUCAAAUUGGCGCAAUCCAACAAAAACAGCAACAAGGCUAAUCCUUACAAAGGAAUGCUGUCGAAACGGAAGAACCAAUCGCCAGAUCGUAGUAUUUUAAGUUUCGACCCAGCGAAGAGUAAGAAAAGUUCAAAAUCAGACGCCAGCAGUAGCGACACACGAAAGCUUCGUGAAAUGUUUGAAGCGCAAAGCACAGAAAGAGAACUGUUUGGCGCCGAAAAAUUCGAAAGGAGCGGCAUAUCUUUUGCGAAAAAUGAUCGCGUUCACCAGAAAUAA